CACAGACACAACACAGUGUUCCUAUAAAUCAGAGAGAGAUGUUGUUGUUUGUGACUGACUUCACUUUGCAAAGUGUAGUUCGUGGAAUUCCAAAAGUUGUUGCUGUGUCAGUCACUGCAUCAUGCGUUCUCAGUACGGAAAUCAUAGAAGCCCUCAAUGUUGCCUCACAAUUCAUCUUCUUCAAGGAUGCCCUGUGGGGAAAUGGUAGGAUUAUUUGUGUUGAACGUACUGUUCUCUUAUUACAAAAGCCUCUUUUGUGCUCGGCUGCCGAUGCUGACCUCAGUGAGCUGCCUGGCCCUGUCAAACUCGAUGAGCUGGAUUCUACCACACAGGCCAAUUCCAUUUGUGCCGUGAGAGGUACUGUUGUUGGAGUUAAUGAGAGCACUGCUUUCUCCUGGCCUACGUGUGACAGAUGUGGCAAUGGAAAGUUGGAACUGUAUCCCCAGGACAGUGGACUGCUAUAUUGCAGCCAGUGCUCUGAAGUUGUCAUUUCACCAGUUUUGAAAAUGCAGCUGGAAAUCUUCUUGAGUUGUCCAUCUCAACCUCAAAGUACAGUAAAAGUAAAGCUGCUGCAAAGAACAAUCUCUUCUCUCCUGAUGUCUGCUGCCAAUGUGGAUGGGAGCUACGAGGCGAGCAGCGUGCUGGGCAAGGAGCUGGGCCCUCUGCCCUGCCUCCUGAUCGGCGCCGGCGGGCGGCCCGGCUGCGCGCGGCUGGAGGAGGUGGCGCUGCUGCCCGCGGGACCCGGCGGGGGGAGCGGCUGAGCGGGAGCGCGGUAAUGCGGGGGGGUCGAGAAGGGAGGCCGUCAAACAGGGGUGUACGGAGCGCACAGAGCUCUGCUCGGCCGCCCCGGCUCUUGUUCUGAGCCGUUUGUUGCUGUGGCACGUCGAACGCCUUGUUCUGGAGUUCCGAACGGUUGGGACGUUUUGUAUUACGCUGUAUUUGUUAUGUCAAUGGCAAACACGUUAAUGCCGCUUCUGCAAUGGAUGCCGCGGGGCAGCUCUACCGGCGGGACCCACGGAAAGGCUGGUUCUGAGCGGCGGCGUCGGUUACCGUAAUAAAUGGCACUAAGACUUGA